AUGGUCUCGCUCUUCGCCCUCGCGCUCGUCGCCCUCCCUCUCGCCGUCACGGCCUCGUCCGGCGCGCCGCACUACUCGCACCCGCGCCGCAACACGGCCGCCGCCCUCACCGCCGCCGCGGCGCCGCACGCCCGCGCCGCCGUGCGCUACCGCGCCCUGCCCCGUACCGGCCGCCGCCUGUCGAAGCGCGGCGCAGGGGGAGGCGCCGGCACCGAGGCGACGCUCAAGUGCCUCACGGCGCACUCGUUCGCGCUGUGUGACGGCGACAGGUGCACCGACAUGGGUGCCGUGGCUGCCGGCACCAUGUGCAAGGACGGCGCCAUCACGUGGGACACGUCGUCCGAGGCCUCGUCCGAGGACUCGUCGGCCGCCACCGUCAGCUACGCCGAGAUCCCGUCGUCGUCCACCGCCGCCGCCGCUGCCGUCGAGACGCCCGAGCCCUCGUCGUCGUCCGAGUCCGCCGAGGACGAGACGCUCAGCGCCGCCCAGCCGCUCGCCAACAACGUCGCUGUCAAGACGAGCUCGGCCGCCGAGCCCGCCGCCACCGCCGUCGAUUCGGUCCAGCUCAACGUCGGCUCGUCCUCGUCCGACGACGACGACGACUGGGAGUGCGACUCGGACGACGUUUCGUCCUCCUCGUCGACGGCCUGGACCCCCGCCGCCUCGUCGACCACCACCGUCGACGACGUGCAGCUCAACGCCAAGCCGACCACGACGACGACCCAGGCGCCCGCGCAGACCUCGGCGGCUUCGUCCUCGUCGGGCGGCGGCACGACCUACACCGGUCGCGGGACGUACUACUACCAGUACGGAACGGCCGGGUCGUGCGGCAACGUCGCGUCCGACUCGGACUACGUCGUCGCCCUGAGCUACACGCAGGUCGACGGAGGAGCGCACUGCGGCAAAAAGGUGCAGCUCACCAAUACGGACAAUGGCAAGACGGUCACGGCUACGGUUGCCGACACGUGCCCUGGCUGCGCGUGGGGAGCCGUGGACUUGAGUGAAGGGGCCUUCCUCCAGCUCGGCACCCUCGACCAGGGCGUGAUUCCCCUGUCCUGGAAGUUCUUGUGAUCGGCACGAGCGUCGCCACCAGAAGAAGAACGACCCCCCUCUCCCGCCUCUCGUUGUUGUCCUCCUUCCUCGCCGUGCUGUGCACGCGCCUUUCUCUCUCUCUCUCUCUCGGUCUUAGCGAGCGCCUCGACGGCUGCUGCAACUCUUUUUCCCUUCUC